AUGUUGGGUUUAGGCACAGUUCUCUAUGUGGCCUUGUUGCUCGUGAAUAGCAUUGCUAUUCUCAACGAAGAAAGGUUUUUAAGCAGAAUUGGCUGGUCAACAAAUCCUCGCUCAUUGCAUGGACUUGAUGGUGCGGCUAGUGAAUCGAGUGUAAAGCAACGCCUUAUUCACCUCAUUAGUGCAGUACGAGUGCUGCUGCGCAUGAUCAUUUAUGAACUAAUUCUUGGGUAA